CGCUCCACCUGCGCGCCGUGUCGCGCUCGCCGCCCCCCGUCCCCGUUUCUGCGCCGGCGCGGUGCCCUCCGGGAUCUCGGGGAGCCCGCGAGGCGCAUGCGCGUGCCCGGGCCCGCCGCCCCGCGCUCGCCGCCGCCGCCGCCGCCUGAGCCGGAGCCGCCGUUGCCUCCUCCCUGCCGGAGAGUGUGAAGGAGGGGCCGAGGGCCGAGGGCCGCCGCCGCCGCCAUGGGGAGAAAGUCGAGCAAAGCGAAGGAGAAGAAGCAGAAGCGGCUGGAGGAGCGAGCAGCCAUGGAUGCUGUGUGUGCCAAAGUGGACGCGGCCAACAGGCUUGGAGACCCCCUGGAAGCCUUUCCAGUGUUCAAGAAAUACGACCGCAAUGGCUUGAAUGUCUCCAUCGAGUGCAAGCGAGUGUCUGGGCUAGAGCCAGCCACCGUGGACUGGGCCUUCGACCUGACCAAAACCAACAUGCAGACCAUGUAUGAGCACAGCGAGUGGGGCUGGAAGGACCGGGAGAAGCGGGAGGAGAUGACGGAUGACCGAGCCUGGUACCUCAUCGCUUGGGAAAACAACUCGGUCCCCGUUGCCUUUUCUCACUUCCGGUUUGAUGUCGAGUGCGGGGACGAAGUCCUGUACUGCUACGAAGUGCAGUUGGAGAGCAAGGUGCGGCGGAAAGGCCUGGGCAAGUUCCUCCUCCAGAUCCUGCAGCUCCUGGCCAACAGCACACAGAUGAAAAAGGUGAUGCUGACAGUGUUUAAGCACAACCACGGCGCCUAUCAGUUCUUCAGGGAAGCCAUGCAGUUUGAGAUCGAUGACUCCUCCCCUAGCAUGUCCGGUUGCUGUGGGGAAGAUUGCUCCUAUGAGAUCCUCAGCCGGAGGACCAAGUUUGGGGACAGCCAGCACUCCCACCCAGGAGGGCACUAUGGAGGCUGCUGCCACUGAGUCCUGAGGGCCACCCGCGGGCCGGAGCGCUCUCUCCUAGGGCCCGUCCUCUCCCCUGCGCCCACGCUGCUUGCCAGGUGCCUGCUGAGCUUCAGCCUCAGUCCUGCCCAGGCCAGCUGGCUCCCCAAGAACACAGAACCUGGGGAGAAGUGACCCCGACCACCUCUCCCUCUGCACGAAGAGCAGGACGUCGUGGGUAGGAGAGCUGGGGGCCUGGAACGGCGCGGCACUUGUCCCAGCUCAG